AUGAACCUUAAACUUGUAGGUCAGAGUUUUUAUCCCUUCCCAUUAUGUUUCCCCUUAAUUUUAUUUAAAUACUUCAGAUAGUCAGAGCUCAGCGCUCUUUCUUUUUGACCCACAAGACCAAGUCUGUCGAAUGUCGCACGGGUUUAUUGAGGUCUUUGAAGGAGGGGAUAGAAAAGAAGAUGGACAACCUGACUGAAGCCGUUUAUGAGGACUUGAAACGAAGCCCCACGUUGACGGAGAAAUACGAAAUUGUGCCAGUUCUGAAGGAACUUACAAACUUCAUCGACAACAUCGAUAAAUGGGCAAAACCUCAGGCUGUAAGUUCUUUAACCAGUAUUUUCUCCCGGCUAAAGUCGAAAAAUGUGUGCGGCUAUGACAUGAUCAGGGGUAUCUCAAUCACAUCUCCCGUGCUUUAGCUCCCCGCAACCCCCAAAGGCCGUCCGUAUCUUUAUAAAGAGCCGCUGGGUGUGGUCUGUGUCAUCGGCCCUUACAACUUGCCAUUGGCAUUGAAUCUUCUCCCAGCCGUGGCUGCGCUCGCUGCUGGCAAUACAGUCGUCGUCAAGCCCUCCGAACUGGCGCCAUUUUCAACACAAGCACUCGAUGAGCUGAUCAAGAAGAAUUGUGAUGAGGUAGGAAAAUUUAUCCCGUAAAUCAGAAACAAAGGCGUUCUUUCGUAUGUGGUUUAUAUUACAUCAUUCUUUUUAGCACCACUUCACCACUGUUAUUGGAGGAUUUGAUGCGACAAUGAAGUUGCUGGCCGAGCGAUUCGACCAUAUCUACUAUGCGGGAUCUCCGAGAAUUGGAAGGAUCAUUAUGCGAGAAGCCUCGCAUUUCCUGACGCCAGUAACUCUGGAACUUGGAGGAAAAAAGUAAGAAUAACUCUCACAAAUUCAAAUAGAUACAUUCAUUUUUACAUUUUGUAUUUUUAAACCCGCAGGGCUUGUUUUGACUUCAACAGGAAACCUUUUCAGCCCAGUGAUUGUCUACCCGGACGCUGACAUCGACAGCUUGGCCGAGCAGUUGAUUCGGGGAAAGUGGCUGAAUUGCGGGCAGCACUGUCUUCAUGCUGAUUAUUUGGUGGUUUUCGACAACGAGACAAGAGAAGCGUUACGUCAUGCGCUGAAGAAGCAGAUUGAAAAACAUUUCGGCAAACAUCCAAAGGAGUCACCACUGUACAGCCGACUGAUCAACAAAGACAAUUUUAAGUGAGUUUUCAAAUAGUGAUCAGUCCAAAAAAGAUAUGCUUUAUGAUGAUAUUUUAAUGUUUAAAUUAUCUUGAUUAAAAUUGCAAUACUUUCAGUCGAGUCUCCGAUCUUUUAUGGAAGACCGACGGAGAAUUUCUGUACCAAUCUCCGGAUCCAGAAGAUGCUGACGAUAAUUUCAUUGGGCCUCAUGUUAUCGAGGUCAAAACGGAUGAUGUCCUUAUGGAGGAUGAAGUAUUUGGACCUGUUUUGCUGGUAGUUAAAUUCGAAAAUGAGCAUGAGAUAAUUGAAUAUAUCAAUUCGAAUGAAAAGCCCUUGGCAUUAUAUGUGUUCACCAAGAAUCAAGAGAAGGCCGAUCUGUUUAUUAAUCGGACCUCUUCUGGAGGAGUUUGUAUCAAUGGAAUCUCAGAUCAUGCUCAAGGUAAGAGAGAAUGAUUUAAACCGCUUGAGCUUUGAAAUUGUCAAAUUUUAUAGGUAUAUUGUAAUUCCUUUUAUUUUAGUUGAAGGCCUCCCAUUCGGAGGUAUUGGAGGCAGUGGAACUGGAAGAUAUCAUGGUAAAUAUGGAUUCGACACCUUCACCCAUGAAAAAGCCGUGUUUGUAAAGGACUAG